AUGUUCUCCAGCGUGUCCAAGGCUGCGGCUGUCCUCGCCCUCGCCGGCUCGGUGACUGCGUCCCCUUACGUCGCGUCGCUCUCGACCAAUGCGCAGGGUCUCCUCAAUGAGUCCAUGGCGUGGAUGGAUCAGUAUUACGACCGCUCGGCCGGCUACCUGUACGACUUCAGCGCGGCGGCCGCUCUCCGGCACGAAACGCGCAGUUCGGUGUGGUACGCCCUAGGCCUCCUCGCCCGUAACGACGGCGACGACGCCGCGCAGGCGGAGCGAAUCAUCACCAACACCAUCGAGGCGCAAUUCAAGGUUGUCCCGGAGCAAUGGUACGGUGGCUAUCAAAUGUACCCCGAAGAACCGUACGUUGGAACAGAAGAUUACCCGGGCAAGAUCUACAACUCUUGGGACCCCAACUGGCGUGGUUUCGUGGGCACGACGCUCGUGAUGGCUCUUGAGGAGUUCCCGCACCUGCUGAGCAACGACACGCAGGACCUCAUCCUCGAGUCGCUGCACAACACCACCAAGGGCGACGAAUACCGCGUCGGCGGCGUCGACGACGAUAACCUCUACCCCGCGUACAGCAACCCCGCCAUCAUGCGCGCCUUUGUCUCGGGCUACACGGGCCGUCGUCUGCAGGACGCCAAUAUGACCAAGUCGGGCGAGAACUACGCCCAGGAGAUCAUUGACCUGUUCGACCGCGCCAACACGCUCUCCGAGUUCAACUCCGGCACCUACACGGGCGUUUCUCUCUUCGGCUUGAUCCUCUGGUGCAAGUACCUCCCGGAGGACUCCGUCAUGACGAAGAAGGGCCCGCAGAUGCUCAUCGAUACGUGGAAGUCGGUUGCGCAGCUCUGGCACCCAGGAAUGAAGAACAUGGCCGGCCCCUGGGACCGUGCUUACGGAUACGACAUGAACCGCUACGUCAGCUUGAUGGCGCUGUGGUUCUGGACGUUGAUCGGAAAGGAGAACUCGUCCAUGAUUGCUGCGCCUCAAGUCAUGUCCCACGCAGCGGACUACGCCUGGGCACCCCUUUUUGCCGUUCUCGCUGAUUACCACGAGAGCCUUCUGCCCGAGGGUCUCGUUGAGAACCUGACGACUUUCAGCGGCGAGCAUGUCUUCACCGCGUCGACAUACUACCCGCCGUUCGACAAAGUCCCGCGCAACAUCACCAGCUGGCUUUCGGAGAACCUCACCAUCGGCGCCGAGUCCUUUGACGAGAACGUCGUUGGCGGACCGUCCGAGAACCAGAACUCCUUCAACCCGGCCGUGAUUCAGUGGAACACCGGCGACGAGAUCGCCUUCAUCUCGCUGUACCCGACCGAGAUGGCCCUCGACGUUGAGGUCUCUCCCAACAGGCUGAGCCUCACGUACCCCAACGGCACCGCCGACUCCAUCUUCACCUUUGUCGUCGGCACAUUCCUCAAGAAGCGCACCGUCACCGGCUGGGGCGACGUCCAGGGCUUGAACGUGAGCAUCUCCGGCAACGUCAACGAGACGUACGCCUUAUCGUUCGCGGGAGCCUACGGCGGCGCCAACUCGCCCAUCCGCGAUUUUGAAUUCUGGAACUUUACCUAUUCCCUGCCUGCGGGCUUCGAGGGCAAGCCCAAUGUCGUUCUCGACGUCAACCUUUUGUAA